AUGGCCUGCUACGACCGCUGCAGUCCCUGUGGACCCACCCCCCUGGCCAACAGCUGCAACGAGCCCUGUGCCCUGCAAUGCCAGGAUUCCCGCGUCAUCAUCAACCCUUCUCCUGUGCUGGUCACCCUGCCAGGACCCAUCAUGACCUCCUUCCCCCAGAACACCGCCGUCGGAUCCACCUCCUCGGCUGCUGUGGGCACUGAGCUCAGUGUGCAGGGACAGCCCAUUUCUGGGGGAUUUGGCUAUGGCCUUGGCUAUGGCAGCGGAUUUGGCUGUGGGCUGGGAGGCCUGGGCUACUAUGGCAGAAGGGGCUAUGGCUCCAUCUGCUAA